AUGGAUUCGGGGGGGCCCCCUCUGCCGUGCGGAGGCCUGCGCUGGCGGCUGCUGCAGGCGUUAGAGCCUGCUGCUGCUCUCGAGCUGCAGCAGCAGCAACAGCAGCAGCAGCAGCAGCAGCAGCAGCAGCAAGGCUGCCCCGGAGACUCCUACAGACUCCUACCGCGAAUCGCGCCCGACGAAUUUAGCAGCAGCAGCAGCAGCAGCAGCAGCAACAGCGAUUUCCCCGGCAGCAGCAGCGGCAGCAGCAGCAGUUUUCCGAGCAGCAGCAGCGGCAGCAGCAGCAGCAGAUUCAGCGGCUCGAGCGCCAGCAGCACGACACACGCAAGCAGCAGCAGCAGCAGCAGCAGCAGCAGCAGCAGCGCAGCAGCAGCAGCUCCCGCAGCUGGCCCUCAAAUUCCUGUGGGGCCCUGGCGCUUCUCCGAGUCGACAGCAGCAGCAGUGCUGCAGCUGCUGCAGCAGCAGCAGCAGCAGGGCCCCGUGCUGCUGCUGCAGCAGCGGGGCCUCGACUCGCUGCUCUCCGAGGGCAUUUCCUCUGUCUCUACACUCUUUUGCUGCCCCCACAGCAGCUGCUGCUUAGCUGCUCACUGUGGGGCCCCAGCAGCAGCAGCAGCAGCAGCAGCAGCACUCCAGACCCUCCCGAGCCCUCCGGGCUGGCAGGCGCCCCCGGGCCUCCUGGGGGGCCCCCCGGGGGCCCCCCGGGGGGGCCCCCCGGAAGGGCCCCCGGGGAGGGGCCCCCAGGGGGCCCCCCGGGGGGGGCCCCCGGAAGGGGCCCCGGGGGGGGGCCCCCAGGGGGCCCCCCGGGGGGGCCCCCCGGAAGGGGCCCCGGGGGGGGGCCCCCAGGGGGCCCCCCUGCCCGUUUUGCUGCAGCUGUUUGCAGGGUUUUGCUGCAGUGUUGCUGAAGUGCUGCCAGCAGGUCAUGACUUGGGGGCCUCUGUUGCGCUGCUGUACGAGCUGCUGACAGCACAGGGGGGGGCCCCCCCCUGUCCGCCAGACCCGCAGGGGCCCCCCGCAGCAGCAGCAGCAGCAGCAGCAGCAGCAGCAGCAGCAGCAGCAGCAGCGCUGGAGACCGUGGGGGAGCUGCUGCCGGCCCUGGGGCCCAUAGAAGCCACGCGGCUGAUUUGCUGCGCCCGGCGGCUGGCAGCAGCAGACAAGCAGCUGUUCCCUGCAGCGGUGCUGCAGCAGCAGCAGCAGCAGCAGCAGCAGCUGCAGCAGCAGCAGCAGAAGCAGCGCGAGCAGAACCAGCGGCACGAGCAGCAGCAGCAGCAGCAGCAGCAGCAGCAGCAGCAGCAGCAGCAGCACACCCACCCCUCGGGGGGCCCCCCAGGACCCAGGGGGCCCCCCGUCUUCCUCUCGCAGCAAACUGCUGCUGAGUACUUUAGGGCCCACGGGGUCACUUCCAGGGGGGCCCCCCUGGAGGCCCUGCUGCUGGGGGCCCCCUUGGACUUGGGGGCCCCUGGGGGCCCCCCGGAAGCUGGCGGGAGUGCAGCAGCAGAGCUGCAGCAGACCCUGCAGCAGCUGCUGCAGCAGGGCAGCAGCCAACCUGCAGCAGAGCUGCUGGCAGCAGUUCUGGGGGCUCUUGCUGCUGCUCACGAGGACGCAGCCAACGCAGCAGCAGCAGCAGCAGCAGACCCUGAUGCAGCAGCAGAAGCAGCAACAGCAGCAGCAACUGAGAGUCUGCUGCAGCUGCUGGGGCCUACUCGUGUUGCUGAUGCCCACAGGAUAGCAGCAAGAGGAGCAGCACUAAUUGACGCUGCAGCAAGGCUGCAGAUGUCUACAGAGCAGCAGCAGCAGCAGCAGCAGCAGCAGAAGCAGCAAAGAACAGGGCCCACACUCAUUGGAGCCUCCGUGAAGUUUGUUUCCGGCAAAAACCGAAAAGGCGGGGGAGAGCCGGGGGCCCCCCGGGGCCUCUUAAGGGCCCUUGCUGACGCAGGGUACUUCAAGGUGGACGAGUCGCAGCUGGUGCCGAUAGCUGCGUUGCCGUCGUGGGCGCAGGUGGCGUUCCGGGGUGUACGUACACUGAACGCGCGGCAGAGCGCAGUGUUUGCUGCUGCUUUUUUGUCUCCUUUUUCUUUUUUGGUUUGCGCCCCCACAGGCAGCGGCAAAACCAACAUCGCUUUGCUCGCGCUGCUGCAGCAGCUCCACGAACACCGCCACCUCGCCCCAGCCAGCAGCAGCAGCCGCAGCAGCAGCAGCAGCAGCAGCCGCAGCAGCAGCAGCAGCAGCAGCAGCAGCAGCAGCAGCAGCAGCGGGGAGUUCGCGUGUCCUGCUGCGAAGCACUUCAAGGCAGUGUACAUCGCGCCGCUGAAGUCCUUAGCAGCAGAAGUGACGGGGAAGCUGCGGGCAGCGCUGGGGCCGCUGGGAGUUGCUGUUGCAGAAGCUUCUGGAGAUGUUUGUUUGUCGAAAAAAGAAAUAGAAGAAACUCAUUUGUUUGUUGCAGUUCCCGAGAAACUGGACAUUCUCACGCGCAACAUGAGUGCCUGGGCGGAGCCAGACCCCUGCAGCAGCAGCAGCAGCAGCAGCAGCAGCAGCAGCAGCAGCAGCAGCAGCAGCAGCAGCAGCAGCUUGUUGGACGCGAUCAAGUGCGUCGUUAUUGAUGAAGUUCAUCUUUUAAAUGAACCUCGAGGGCCGGUCAUUGAGGCGCUCGUCGCUCGGCUGUUGAGACACUCCGAAAGGACUCAACGCAGAGUCCGCCUCGUCGGCAUUUCCGCCACUCUCCCCAACUGGGAGGAGGUGGCUCGUUUUUUGCUGGUUUCCCCGGAACACGCCUUUUACUUCGGGCCGGAGACGCGGCCAGUGCCGCUGCAGCAAACCUUCAUCGGCCUCAAAGAUGUGGGGCGCAGCAAGCAGCAGCAGCAGCAAGCUUUUGAUGCUGCAGCAUUUGCUGCAGUGCUGUCAGCAGUGCAGCGGGGGCACCAGGCGAUGGUGUUUGUGCAUUCGCGGCAGGGGACUGUGGCAGCAGCAGAAGCGUUUGCUGCACUUGCUGCUGCUGCGGGGCAGCAGCAGCUGUUUGCUGCUGCUGCAGCGCACCCCACGCCGCAGCAGCAGCAGCUGCUGCAGCAGCUGCUGCAGCGCUCCCGCUACCAAGAACUCAAAACCCUAGCAGCAAAAGGGUUUGGAGUCCAUCAUGCAGGAAUGCUGAAGACAGAUCGAAAACUUUCUGAACAACUUUUUAUUUCCAAAGUUUUUAAAGUUUUGUGCUGCACUUCGACUUUGGCUUGGGGGGUGAACUUGCCUGCGCGCUGCGUGGUGAUCCGCGGCACGCAGGUGCCCGCAGCAGCAGCAGCAGCAGCAGCGGGAGGCGCAGCAGCAGCAGCAGCAGCAGCAGCAGACUUGGGGCCCCUCGACGUGGCUCAAAUUUUCGGCAGAGCCGGGAGGCCCCAGUUCGACUCCAUGGGCGAAGCUGUGCUGCUCACGGAGUACAGCAAACUCACCAAAUAUGUCCGUCUUGCUGCUGCUGCACUUCCCGUGGACUCGCAGCUGCUGCAGCAGCUGCCUAAUGCCUUAAACGCUGAAGUGGCUCUCGGCACUGUUGCUUCUUUGCAAGACGCAGCAGACUGGCUGCGCUACACUUUCCUCUUCGUCCGCAUGCAGGCCCACCCGGAGCUUUACGGGGGCCCCCCGGCCUGGGGGGCCCCCUGGGGGGCCCCCGGGGGGGCCCCCGGGGGGGCCCCCGGGGCCCCGGGGGGCCCCCGGGGGCCCCCGGGGGCCCCCGAAGACCCCUCUUUGCUGCGGCUGCGGCUGGCCCUGGUGGAAGCAGCAGCAAAGACUCUGAACAGAUGCAGGCUGGUCCGUUUUCACCGGAGAGCCGGGCGACUGGACUCGACGGACUUGGGAAGAAUGGCAGCAAAGUUUUAUUUGGAUUUCGAAACAGCAGAAAAGUUCGCGCUGCGGCUCUCGGAGGGGCCCCUGACUGCUGCUGCAGUGCUGCGGACUUUGGCGGAGGCGAAGGACUUCGAGGGGCUGCGGGUGCGCCGCGAGGAGCAGGAGGAGCUGGACCUGCUGCGCUGCAGCAGCAGCAGCAGCAGCAGCAGCAGCAGGAAGGGGCGGGGCUGCUGCCGCAUUCCCUGGAAGGGGGACCCCGACAGCACGGAAGCCAAAGUCUUCACGCUGCUGCAGGUGCUGCUGUCGGGGGCCCCCCUUUGCUGCUCCUCUCUUGCUGCUGAUGCUCACUAUGUGUUUAUGAACUGCGGGCGGCUGGCGCGGGCGCUGCUGGCAGCAGCUUUGGCGGAGAGCAGCAGCAGCAGCAGCAGCAGCAGCGAAGACGCGGAGCUGCUGCUGCAGUGGUGCAAAGCCUUCGAAAGAGGCUUCUGGCCAGACUCUUGCGUGCUGCGGCACUUCUGCGCGCUGGACUGCUUCUCGCGGGACCCGCAGCAGCGGCGGCGCGCGCAGCAGCAGCUGCAGCAGCACGGCAGCAGCAGCAGCAGCAGCAGCAGCAGCAGGAGCAGCAGGAAGUUCGAACUCAGGACCCAGGCCGUCGACAAAAUAGAAAAACUCCGCUUUUCGCAAGAAAGGCUGCUGGCCUUAACUGCUGCUGAACUGGGGGCCAUCUGCAGCAGCAAAGCGGACGGCCAAGACGCCUACUGGGCGCUGCGGCGGGUGCCGUUUGUUGCUGCUGCUGUGUCUGUUGCUGCUCUCGGCAGCAGCAUCAUUCGCGUCACUUUGCUGCUGCAGUUUGCUGCUGGCUUCCAGUGGACUGCAGCAAUCCACGGCGGCGGCGAGCUGUUUCACUUGUGGCUGUCGGAGGCGCGCAGCGGGCUGCUGCUGCACCAAGACACCGUGCUGCUGCAGCAGCAGCACGUGCUGCAGCAGCAAAAGGUGUCCUUCGCGCUGCCGCUGCAGGACCCCCUGGGCCAAACCCACUUCGUUGCUGCUGUCUUGAGUGACCGCUGGGUGGGCGUGGGGACGCAUGUGCCUUUUGCUGCUUCGCAGCUGUUUUCGCCUGCUGCAGCAGCAGCAGCAGCAACGCCGCUGCUGGACGUACACCCCGUGCCCGUCGCUGCGCUGCAGCAACCCCGCUUCGAAGCUCUCUUUCCAUUUUCUUUUUUUAAUCCAAUUCAAUCUCAACUCUUCCACGUUUGUUACCACACGGACUACAACGUGCUGCUGGGGGCCCCCACGGGCAGCGGCAAGACCAUAGUGGCUGAGCUCGCCAUCCUGCGCUGCAUCAAGCAGCAGCAGCAGCAGCAGCAGCAGCAGCAGCAGCAGCAGCAGCGGCUGCGCAACAAAGUCGUCUACAUCGCCCCCCUCAAGGCCCUGGCAGCAGAAAGAGUUAAGGACUGGGAGCAGCGGCUGGGCCGGCAGCUGGGGCUGCGGGUGCUGCAGCUGACCGGCGACUCCGACGAGCCGCCAGCAGCAGCAGCAGCAGCAGCAGCAGCAGCAGCAGAUGUCAAUCCUGCUGCAGCAGACCUGCUCGUCUGCACCCCCGAAAACACUUCUGGAGUUUGCAUGCGUUUUGUGGGGCUUUCCACCGCGCUGGCCAACGCGGCCGAAAUUGGGGCUUGGCUGGGCAUUGGCCGCGUGGGGCUUUUCAGCUUCCGCCCCGCAGUCCGCCCCGUGCCCUGCGCAGUCCACAUCGCUGGGUUUGCACAGAAGGCGUUCUGCCCGCGCAUGGCUGCAAUGAAUAAGCCCACGUUUGACGCAAUCUUGACGCAUGCAGUGGAGUCCUGCAGCAGCAGCAGCAGCAGCAGCAGCAGCAGCAGCAGUUUCGUGCCUGGGGAGUAUCAGGGAGUGUACAGCACGGUGUCUGCACCUGCUGCAGCAGCUGCAGCAGGAGGCGCUGCAGGGGCGUUGGGCGGCGCCGCUGCUGCUGCUUCGGCAGCAGCGGACCCCGCAGCAGCAGCAGCAACAGCAGCAGCAGCAACAGCAGCAGCAGCAGCAGCAGCAGCAACGCGGCUGCGGCCCGUGCUGGUCUUCGUGGCCUCGCGAAGACAAACUCGACUAACAGCUCGAGAGCUCAUCGCGCUGCAGCACAUGAGUGACAGCGGCAUUUCUUUUCUUUGUUUGAAGACGCAGCAGCAGCAAACUGCCUACGCCAACGCCCUCAAGAAAGUCAAGGACCCCACACUGCGUUCCGUGCUGCUGCACGGGGUGUCUAUACACCACGCGGGCCUCAGCCCCUCCGACCGCGAGGUGUCUGCGCAGCUCUUUUCUUUGGGCUGCGUUUUGGUUCUUGUGGCAACAGCAACUUUGGCCUGGGGGCUCAACUUGCCGGCCAGACUCGUCGUGAUCAAG